AUGGCUGCUACUUGUGAUUACUUCGACGAGCAGCAAUUCGGAAGUGUUGCAGAUAACGGUAACGCUCAAGUCAUGUAUCCAAGCUUCAAGGCACCUAAGCAUAGCUCCAUAGAUGUUUUUCCUCUUCUUGGCAAGGAGGCUGCAUUUCCUUUGAAAGAAGACCGUGUCAUCGACACUUCACUGGUCCAAGAUGUGUGUACUAUCUCAGUCCUACCUGAUGAAGGGAAUACGAUCCCGCAGUGUACCUCGCAGUUUACUCUCUUGAGCUUCGUCAAGGCUCUGCUUCCAUCUAAAAAUCAGAUGUUGAUCGAUGCGCAACUCAACUGUCAGAAAACGCAGAACCGCAUCAAUGUGCUACUGGGAGGCACAGAUUCCUACCAAUCAUGCGUUGUGGACAUAAACGUCGAGAAAGGGAAUGCUGGUGAGACGGUGACAUCCCAUGACGAAGUUGUUGGAAGUGUGAAAUCUGAGAAUGCACACAUGCAAAAGAUUUUGCAGAGACAAGCAAGCUUGAGUACUGAUAAAGCUAUCUCCGAGCGAUGCCACGAUCCACCAACAAACAGAUGGAGAAGAUACAAGCGUGCUGCUUCAUUCGAUUCAAGGAAAAUCGUCAUCCUAUUCUCCAUCUUAUCAAGUGUGGGUACAUUGAUAUUGAUCUACUUGACAUUGAGAGUGAGACAAAACGGAGAUAACAGCUUCAAUCAUAUGUAA